GUCGCUUUAACAGGUGAAUUUCUAUUUUUAUCAGUUAGAUCCACGACUAUGUGACACCAGAGGUGAGGUUUGGUUUAUUUAGAGGGGAAAGACACGCGUUUGCCGUCGUACCUUCCUAGAGAGCCAGAUGUCCAGCAUCAUGUCAACCAAGGAGGUGAGAGAGGGUGAAAACGCUCAGCCUGUGGCCAUGUCAACCCAAGUGAUGGCCACUGACAAAAGCAGAGAAAACAAGAACCAUCGCGGUGCGGCAGGCGAGGCGACGGGCGGCACCACAGACACCAGCACAGCGGCCAAGAACCUGGCUCUGCUGAAGGCUCACUCUCUGGACGUGAACUUCGAGGUUGGUGAGGAGUAUGACAUCAUCGAAACGAUCGGCACAGGGGCCUAUGGCGUCGUCUCAUCUGCCAGGAGACGGGACAAUGGCCAGCAGGUGGCAAUAAAGAAGAUCUCCAAUGCCUUUGAAGUGGUAACAAACGCCAAACGCACCUUGCGAGAGCUGAAGAUUCUUAAGCAUUUCAAACAUGACAACAUUAUCGCCAUCAAAGACAUCUUGCAGCCAAAUCUCCCUCACUCUGCCUUCAAGUCUGUGUAUGUGGUACUGGACCUCAUGGAGAGUGACCUGCACCAGAUCAUACACUCCGGCCAGCCACUAACCCCAGAGCACACACGCUACUUUCUGUACCAGCUCCUCCGCGGCCUCAAGUACGUGCACUCAGCCAACGUCAUCCACCGCGACCUCAAACCCUCCAACCUGCUUGUGAAUGAGAACUGUGAGCUGAAGAUUGGCGACUUUGGCAUGGCGAGGGGUCUCAGUUCACACCCCGAGGAGUCCCAUUCCUUUAUGACUGAGUAUGUGGCGACACGAUGGUACCGUGCGCCAGAACUCAUGCUCUCACUGCAUCACUAUAGUUUGGCCAUUGACUUGUGGUCUGUGGGCUGCAUCUUUGCGGAGAUGCUGGGGCGUAAGCAGCUUUUUCCUGGGAAGCACUACGUCCACCAGCUCCAGCUCAUUUUGUCUGUGUUAGGCACUCCCCCUGAAGGUUUGAUUGGUGCUAUUGGGGCCGACAGGGUACGCUCCUACGUGCAGAGUCUUCCAUCACGGGCCCCUGUCCCUCUAUCAAAACUGUAUCCACAGGCUGAGCCAGAGGCAUUGGACCUGCUGGGAGCCAUGUUGCGCUUUGACCCUCGUGAGCGAAUUGGUGUAACACAAGCACUGGAGCAUCCUUACCUCACCAAGUACCAUGACUCGGAUGAUGAGCCAAUCUGCGUGCCAGCUUUUGACUUUGAAUUUGACAAGCUUCCAAUGAGCAAAGAACAAAUUAAAGAGGCAAUCCUGAUAGAGAUCCAGGACUUUCAUCGAAAGAAACAAAGCACUCGUCAAAGACUCCAGUUCAGGCCCAUGGCAAGGGUGAAUGGUGCUGGAGGAGCACAAAGCAGCAGCCAGUGUGUUGCUCAGACCUCAACUGUUAACCUAACUAAAUCAGCUUUGGUUCCCAUGGCACAACUCUCACAGGCAACACAAAUUCAGGCCCAGCAAGUGAUCAAAGUGAAAUCACAACAGCAGCAACAAGAUGCUGUCCUCCACACGCCAGCAGAAGGGAGCCAGACUUUUCCAAAUCAAAUGGCAACCUUUAACAAACAACCAACAUCCCAUUUGGAAGUUGCCCAUAAUUUGCCUCCACUCACUAAGAGUGAGAGUGGGCCAGUCGAUGUUGACAUGCCCAGUGCCAACUCUGACAGUGGCCAACCAGAGACGAUAGAUUUAACAACACCGGUCUCGAGCCAGGAUGCUCCGUCAGAAACAAUGAGAGACAGUGAGGGACAGGAGCCGCUGCCCAGUAGCCAGUCCCCUCUGACUCAGGCCACCAAGCACCAGUCCAUGACCCAAGCUCAGCCCUCCAUACCUGCACUCCCAACACAGACCAUGACACCCCUCCCCACCACUGUGCCUUCGCUUUCUCUGUCCCAGGCACAAGCCCAGUCAUUAUCUCAGUCCCUUUCUCAGUCGCUGUCCAAAGGUGCCAGGGCUCCUCCAGGUGUCGGAGAGGGAACCAGAAAAGAAGGAGCCAUUUCAGAGGAUACUAAAGCUGCACUUAAAGCGGCCUUAUUGAAAUCGGCUCUGAGAAACAAAGCAAAAGGUGAUGGAGGAACCUCUGCGCUGGGGAUGGAUAACGGUGCCGGAGGAAGUGUAUCGUCCUCGCUGACUUCUGUUCCAGAGCUGCGUCGACCUGUUACAGCCCAGGAGCGUCAAAGAGAAAGAGAGGAGAAACGGAGGAAGAGACAGGAACGGGCAAGGGAGAGGGAGAAAAAGCUGAAAGAAAAGGAGAGAAGAGAGGGCAAGCAUGGGGACUCACUGGGUGGAGUUUUACUGAGUGAUGAUGACAAAAGCCUGUUGGAGCGCUGGAAAAAGAUGAUGGACAGUUGCAAUGACAAAUCUCAGACUCCGAAUAAUGACGGCCCAAAGACAAAGGAUUGUAAUGUGAACUCACACCAUGGUGUAGCUAUGAGUGAUAACACCCAAGUAGCUAUGAGCAAAAACACAGAUAAGGAGGUGGGGAAGAUUCAGUCUCAUGAACAGUUGAUGCCUCAAGGUAAAUCCAACCUGCCUGGCUUGUUUCAGCCUCCCAACACCCAGGCAUCUUUACCAUACUCUAUGAGCCAGACAAAGCCACCAGCAGAUAUAGGUGUGGGCGCCGUGAGUCGAGGAAUAGACAUAAUGCCAGCAGCAAGUGGCUUUGUCAAAAACACACUUAAACCACACGAGAGCGGUGGGCAAAGUGGCUUCAACUGUUUGGGGAACUGGAACGGGCAGCAAGUUGAGGCGAGGCCAAUGCAGCAGCAGCCACAACCCAACAGAUCACCGCAGCCCCCGUCUGCAAGCUUUCUCCAGCCCCAGCUCCAACCUCAAAGUCAACCUCAGUCCCAGGCACAACCAAACCCUCAGCCUCAGUCUCAGCUGCUUCCACUGGAGACUUUUUUGACGAAGGCGCCAACGCUAAGCACCGGAGAGACAAAUGGCAACGUCGAUGUCAGAGGCCAAAGUAACCUUAACUCCCACCCUAAUCCGUCAACUACAAGUCCUGGGCCUAUGGAGAAGCUGUGUCCCUCUAUAGGAGAGAAAUCUGGACCGCAGACAGCAGAUCCCCUCUGUGGGGCUUUAGGGGUCCCCUCUCAGCCUCACCCCAGUUUGGGAUUCACAGACACGGGACAGCCAGGGCCGUCCAUCGCCCCGGACAUCCACACAGUAACGCUGCAGUUGUCAAAGUCACAGGUAGAGGAUAUUUUGCCCCCAGUGUUCUCCAUCACUCCCAAAGGCAGUGGGGCUGGGUACGGCGUGGGCUUUGACCUGGAUGACCUUCUCAACCAGUCCCUCACAGACCUCCAGCACUCUGACCCCAGAGACAGUUAUGACUCAGCCCCCCUCUCUGCCUCCCUCAUAUCUGAUUGGAUCGAGGUUCACCGCAUGACUCAAGCUGAUCUGGAGUCGCUUCAGCAGGAGUUACAGCUGGGCUCUCCCAUGAUCCUCUCUGAUACCAUACCCCCUGACACCUGACUUCCCUUUUCUGGAAUUUCAGAGGGAAAAAAGCAAGAACUUUGGCAACUUGUAGAUUUUUUUUAGCAUGAAAACCUUGACUAAUAAUUGAUUAAUUUAACAGCUACCUUUUUUAACAGGCACUACCAAGACAUCUCUUUUCUACCAUUAUGUCAUGUUGUGCUUUCUUUUUAAUAAAGUAAAUUGAGUCACCA